AUGCUCCCAGCCCUUCAUGAAGAAGCUGCGCGGUGUGUUGUUGCUGAUAUGCUGAACAGGGGAAGUUAUCGCGAAGCGAUUGGUGUGAUCCUUGCAUUUGACCUGCAGGAGGCGUUCCCGCUCGAUGGCGUACUGUCUUACAUCGUUGACAAGGUUGUGCGCAAUAGGAAGGAGCAAGAGAGCGAGGUGGAGUGUGAUUUGGCGGGAUCGAAGAAUCGUGAUGAAGAGGAGUUGCUUCUUUGGAGAUCAAUAUCGAGAUAUGUGCAGGAGCGCAAGCCAUCUUUUUCAGAAAUGUCUUGUCCCAGUUUGGCUGAGAGGAUCAAACUGCUAGAAGAACGCGUCGGAAAGGCAAACCAAGCCUUUGUGAGUGAAGAGAGUCGCGAACCAAGCUUUUCCGAGCGAAGAGAGCCAAACCAAGCCUUUCUAAUGAUCUAA